AUUUAGAUAUAGAAAUUUUUUUCUUAAUAGACAAAAAAGGAGAAGAAGACCGUCGUUGUUCUCCGAUGGCGAUUAACAGAAUUUCUCAUGGUUCGAGGGUUUUGGCGGUUGUAUUGUUCUUGUUGACGGUUAAUUACGGCGAAGCUAUAUGGUUGACGAUUCCGACGACGGGAGGGACGAAGUGUGUCUCCGAGGAGAUACAGAGCAACGUCGUCGUUUUGGCUGAUUACUAUGUCGUCGAUGAGCAUAAUCCUGAAAACACUCCUGCUGUUUCUUCUAAGGUAACUUCUCCUUAUGGGAACAAUCUUCAUCACCAAGAAAAUGUAACACAUGGUCAGUUUGCGUUCACAACUCAAGAAGCUGGGAACUACUUGGCUUGUUUCUCGAUUGAUUCCACUCAUCCCUUAGCCAAUCCUAUAACCCUUGGGGUCGAUUGGAAGAUGGGUAUUGCAGCCAAAGAUUGGGACUCUGUUGCUAAAAAGGAAAAGAUCGAGGGUGUUGAGCUUCAGUUGAGGAGACUUGAAGGGUUAGUGCAGUCGAUUCGUGAGAACAUAAAUUACAUAAAAGACAGGGAAGCGGAGAUGCGAGAAGUGAGUGAAACAACCAACUCAAGAGUGGCUUGGUUCAGUAUAAUGUCACUCGGGGUUUGCGUUGUGGUUGCAGGUACACAGAUAUUGUAUCUGAAGCGGUAUUUCCACAAGAAGAAACUCAUCUAAAACUUGGCCUGAAGGAUACUUACUAUAUAGUAGUAACAUCACACAUCCCUACUUUGAAAAGAGGGAUAAGCUCAAGAAUUGUAGAGUCAAUUGGUUAAAAUCGAACAACGCCUUUUCAUUUAUAUUUUCUGUGAAACUUUACUACUGUGGUUAGUUAGAGAUCAUUGAGUUUGUGCACAGUCACUUUUGUGUUUUGAUUGAUCUCUGUUAGAGUUAGAAGAAAAAUACAAGUAAUGUGACAAU